CAGUGCUGGAAAAUUUAACAAUGGACGAGGACCACACCCGGAAGCGGAAGCUGCCGCCUGGGCUGGCACCUCCAUCACGCGGAGUUGAAGACGUUCUUGCUUCUUCUGGUAGCGGGAAACCUCCUCCAUUGUUCUCCAUUGGCGUGGCGAAGAAGUCCAGGUUUGAUCGGGAGAAAGAGCUUCGUGAACAGCGACAACGCGAAGCCGACGAGGAAACCAAAAAAGCGUAUGCGUCGUUCGUGGCGUCGUUUGACCAAGACGACAGCGCACCUGCAUUUGUGCCUUCAGAAGGACACCAUGCCGCGUCGUCCAAACCCCGACCGUUCUCCGCCACACCACCGCCACUGGCACGACCGCAUCAAGGUCCACCGCGGCAAUCGUUUCCUCCGCCGUUGGUAUCGCGCCCUCCACCGAAAACUCAACCCACAGCUUCGAGGGAUGCACCAGCUAAGGCACCUGCGCCGUUUGCCUUUUCCUUGGACGACGAUGACGUUCCAGAAGUCGCCCCGAAGCGAAAAGUCAGGGAAAUGGACCGGUUCCUCGAGGAAAUUAAAGAUAGCGGCUUUGAACCCGUGGCAUCCUCUCCAUACGACACCGGGGGCGACGAAGACAGCACCAACUUAUACGUGAACAACCUUGCGCCAUCGGUCACGGAAGCGCAGCUCCGCGCGCUGUUUGGUGCCCACGGCCCCAUUUACUCGAUUAAAGUCAUGUGGCCACGCAGCGACGAAGAGCGCGCUCGCGGCCGGAAUUGCGGCUUUGUGUGCUUUUGCAAGCGGCUGCAUGCAGACUCGGCUCGCAUUCACCUGAACGAGACAAAGCUGGAAGGAUUUGAAAUCUCCGUCGGGUGGGGAAAGGGGGUCAAGAUGGACCCCACUGCCGUGGCGGCCCUCCUUGGCCCCACCCUUUCAGUCCCUCCUCGUGCACACGGUGCACCACCUGGCCCGCCACCGGCAUUCCUGCGACCCCCACCCUCCGGUCCACCCCCCGUCUUUAUGCGGCCUCCACCUCCUGGUCAGUUGCCCCCACCCCGACCGUUCCCCCCUGGACUUGGCGCUCCUCCUCGACCAACUCUCGGUCCACCACGGCCACUACUUACGCCUCCGCGACCGAUCUUGUCCUCACCGCCCCCGACCGUGAUUGUGGAACCGCCCGCAGACAAGGAACAAAUGGCGCUCAUCAACUACGUCGCUCGCUGUGUGAGCAAAGAUGGCCCUCAGUUCGAAGAUCUCAUGCGGCGGUCGCAGCUUGACCCCAAGUACGACUUUCUUCGAGCGCCGCCAACGUCGAGCCUGAACAUUUACUACAAAUGGAAGGUGUACUCGUUGCAGAUGGGCGACACCGACACAACGUGGAGGACAAUGGGGUUCCAAAUGGUGCCCAACGGUCCAAUGUGGAUCCCGCCCCCGAAUCCGGACGGCGAUCCCAGCACGUUGACCGACGCGUCGGCAAGCAUGUCCCAGACCACGCCCUCCCACCAACAUCCGCGCAGCCCCAAGAAGAACCCUGUCAUCAUGACAGGGCAGCAGUUGGCUGCGUUCAAAGACAAGGAAAAGGGCCAGCGCGCCAAGUUUGAACUGUCGCGCCGCGAGUACGACACGUUGUGUUCGUACUUGGAGGAAGUUACGAUCGAUCGGCAAUCGGUGUGCGACGUGAUGGCGUUUGCACUCGACCAUUCCGAGUGUGCCGUCGACAUUGCGACUUCCAUUCUCAAGUACUUUCGCGUCGACGUGCCAGGUGGCCCGAAUGGCGUGCAGCCGUAUCUCGCGUACGUCGCGCGGCUGUUUGUUGUGUCGGAUAUCUUGCACAACUCGAGCGCGCCACUCAAGAACGCAUCGUUGUAUCGGACGCAGUUUGAAGAGUUUUUGCCAGAGAUUAUGGACUCGCUCAACGUUGUGUCGCACGCGAUCGUCGGGCGCAUGUCGUUCAAUGCGAUGCGGGAUAAAGUUCUGGCCGUCCUCCAUGCGUGGAGCCAGUGGAGUUUGUUUCCACCGGCAUACCUCAUUGGCCUCAAUGCGACGUUUCUCCAAAAGGCGCGCCCGGCGAGGGCCACAAGCCAAGACCAGGACACCCCCGACGACGUGCCGAUGGCGACCGUCCGAGCAGCGAUCGAUGCCGACACGUUGAAUCUCAACGACGAACGAUUGAAGCGCAAAUGCCGCCACGCCGGCCUCGUCUCGAGUGGCACCAGGGACGACAUGUUCCGACGGCUGUACAUGCUCAAGAAGUUUACGUCAGUGGGCGAAGGGACUCCUGACGGCGUGAAGGAGACGCCCGCGGUGGACGAAGACGUGGACGGUGAACCCAUGGAAGGCGCCGACGAUGACGACGACAUCGACGGUGUCCCACUAGACGAUGAUUUCGACAUUGAUGGAGUGCCUCUAGAUGAUGAUGACGAUGUAGUUGGGGACGAGGACGUAGAUGGGGAACCGAUGGAGGUCGAGACGUAAAUGGCAAUGCAUUACGGCGACAUUUGCUUGGUCA